UGCUGAAGCUUCAUUUUCCUUCAUCCAGCUGAACGUGUGAUGAUGCCUUUUGGAGGAAUGGCUGCCAGAUUAGAAAGGGACCGUCUGCGAGCAGAGGGUGUGGGCAAUCACCAAAAUGCUGUUAAAUAUCUGGGUCAGGAUUACGAAACCCUGAAGCAAGAAUGUUUGAAGAGUGGGAGAUUGUUUGAAGAUCCCAAGUUUCCUCCCAUCCCUUCUAACCUUGGCUUCAAGGAACUGGGGCCAAAUUCUGACAAGACCCAAGGAGUGCUCUGGAAGCGCCCAUCAGAAAUUGUGGAAGACCCAAAGUUUAUUGUGGGAGGUGCCACAAGGACAGACAUCUGCCAAGGGACUCUGGGUAAUUGCUGGUUACUGGCUGCCAUUGGCUCCCUGACUCUCAAUGAGGAUCUUCUGCACCGAGUUGUGCCUCAUGACCAGAGCUUCCAGGAGGACUAUGCAGGCAUCUUUCACUUCCAGAUCUGGCAGUUUGGUGAAUGGAUGGAUGUGGUAAUAGAUGACCGCCUGCCCACCAAAGACGGAAAGCUGGUAUUUGUGCAUUCAGCAGAAUGUCAAGAAUUCUGGAGCGCUCUGCUGGAAAAGGCAUAUGCUAAGUUGAAUGGAUCUUAUGAGGCCCUGUCAGGUGGCAGCACCACAGAAGGCUUUGAGGAUUUCACAGGAGGUGUAGCAGAAAUUUAUGAUCUCAAGAAGCCACCUAGUAACAUUGCCAGGAUCAUUUGCAAGGCUCUCGAAAGGGGUUCCCUCCUUGGCUGUUCCAUUGAUGUCACCAGUGCACGUGAUAUGGAAGCAAUCACUUUCAGGAAACUAGUGAAGGGCCAUGCCUAUUCUGUCACAGGAUUUAAGAAUGUGGACUAUCGUGGCCAACAAGAAUCGCUCAUCCGCAUAAGGAACCCCUGGGGUGAUGUAGAGUGGUCUGGAGCUUGGAGUGACAACUCUUCUGAGUGGAAUGAAGUAGACCCUAAUCAGAGGGAAGAAAUGCACCUAAAAAUGGAAGAUGGUGAAUUCUGGAUGUCUUUUCGAGAUUUUAUGCGUCAGUUUUCCAGGCUGGAAAUCUGUAACCUCACCCCAGAUACUCUGGACAAGGAUGGGUUAAGCAGAUGGCACACCACUCUCUUUGAGGGAACCUGGCGCCGUGGCAGCACAGCUGGAGGCUGCAGGAACCAUCCAGCAACAUUCUGGGUUAAUCCACAGUUCAAAAUCAGGCUCCUAGAAGAGGAUGAUGACCCAGACGAUGAUGGGGUGGCUUGCACUUUCUUAGUUGCCUUGAUGCAAAAACAUCGCCGCAAAGCUCGUCAAGCAGGAGAAUAUCUGCAUACCAUCGGCUUUGCUGUCUAUGAGGUUCCUGAGGAGGCACAGGGCUGCCAAAAUGUCCACCUGAAGAAGGAUUUUUUUCUGAAAAACCAGUCUCAGGCUCACUCAGAAACCUCUAUCAGUCUGCGGGAGGUGAGCAACCACAUCCGUCUGCCCCCUGGUGAAUAUAUCAUUGUGCCCUACACCUUAGAGCCCAACAAGGAAGCAGACUUUGUCCUGCGUGUCUUCACAGAAAAACAGUCUGAUACAGAGGAACUGGAUGAGGAGAUCUCUGCAGAUCUUCCAGAUGAGGAAGAAAUCUCCGAGGAUGAUGUAGAUGAGAACUUCAAAAACAUGUUCCGUCAGCUUGCAGGAGAGGACAUGGAAAUCAGUGUCUUUGAGCUCAGAAAUUUCCUCAACAUAACCAUUGCAAAGCAAAAAGAUCUGAAGACAGACGGGUUCAGCAUGGAUUCUUGCCGCAACAUAGUCAACCUGAUGGAUAAAGAUGGCAGUUCUCGCCUGGGUCUUGUGGAGUUUCAGAUCUUGUGGAACAAGAUCACACGCUGGCUGAAUAUCUUUCGUCGGUUUGAUCAGGAUAAAUCAGGCACCAUGAGCUCCUAUGAGAUGCGCCUGGCUUUGGAAGCUGCUGGAUUCAAGCUGGACAACAAGUUGCAUCAAGUGGUGGUGGACCGAUAUGCUGAUGACUCACAGGGUGUUGACUUUGAUAAUUUUGUCUCCUGUUUAGUGAAAUUGGAGACCAUGUUCAGGUUCUUCGAAAGCAAAGAUCGUGAAGGCACUGGCAGUGCAGUGAUGAACCUUCGUGAGUGGCUGACAUAUACAAUGUGCAGCUAGAGCAAAGAUGAAACUUCUGGCUGUGCUGACCCUGAUGGACUGGGCUACCCAAGUGUCUCCUUCAGGCUGAAACUGGAUGGCCCAACUCCCCUUCUUUCUUUCAUCAACCCACCCCUGAGCCGAACGUCUGAAUCUUCCAUUUCCCUUGAUUAUCCACACAGUAGAACCCCACGGCAUAAGCGCUCCUGCUCUCACCAUUGUCUCUGUAGGGAUCAGUCUCUUUUAGGGGCCAGGGCAGAGAGGAGGCAGAUCUUUCCUGCUGUGAGCAUACCUUGCGACAUCUCUUGCUGAAUCGGGGCAACUGAGAAAAGAUCAGGAGCGUGUGCUGGUUUUAGAGUCAAUCUGCCUAUCAGGAGGGGCUCUCUUCAGAGUUGGCAGAAGGUUAGCCUAAAAGGUUGGCCUUUCUAUACCACUUGGUCUCGUUAGUGAUUCUGCUUUUGCAAGGAAAUCUGCUCCUCUCUCCUGGAAUCAUUUCUCUUUGUUUUUGCUUUUCACUGGUAAAUUCAGUGGCAAUAGGCAAAAGGGAGAUGAGCCCUGGAUUCUACUCUUCAGUCUUGAAUUUAAAAAAAUACACUCACCUGAAGGUGGGGAAGUCUUUUGCAAAGACCACUCAAGAUCCCUGUGUCUGAAAUUAUAAAUUCAACAUUUGCUUAGACAUGUCUCCAGGAUAUUUUUUUAUUUUUAAUACAGGCACCACUAGAUGGCAGAAUGGUUCUUUCUUCCCCGCACAGACCACUUGACUUUUGACUGUUACCUGGUAGUCCUACUCUGAUCAAAAAGUGCCAAUGGGCUGAACUCCAGCAAAGCUGCCCUCUUGGCCUAAACUCUGGAAGAAAUCUGUAUUGGAGCUCGUGGAACAAAGGGACUUUGUCAAUUGGGCAUAAUCUUUCCUCCCAGUCCCAAUCUUAAAUGCAUGCUAUUAGGUCAUCUUUACAGCCCACAAAAGUACCUUCAAGGAAGAAGCAUCUAACACACAGAAAAGGCCCUGCUAUUUUGACUUGCUCUUAUGGAUGUCUAUUUGGGCUUGAAAAAUUGUCAGCUGUCAUCCUCUUGAUUCAUUCCAAGUUGGAUAGACUCAUUCAAACAAUUUAUGACUAGUUAAUCAACAUUUACACAAAUGUAAUGGAUUAAAUUGAUCUAUUUUAAUCAAAACCAG